GAAAGAUGUUCUGUUGUAAUAACCACCAAUUCGACUUGAAGUUGGAAACGGAUGAUAUUAGUCACUUUAAGAAUCCUAACAGGAUCUUCGGACGAGCCCCCUUUCACUACUAACCCUGGCAAGGACAUGCUUUGGGCACCUUUCUUUACCAUUCUUCAUUCAACUUGCCCCCUAUACUAUUAUCCUAUACUAGAAGAAGGUCCCGACCGUUCCCUACAGGCCGUCUAGAUGUUUCUAGUGAGGAUCUCCGGAAAAUCUCGCUCCCUGUACGCGACUGCUCCUUUUUAAAGAGCCAUCUAACAACAUUCUAUCUAAUGGGAUUUCACCAUGCUUCCCCUUUUUGAUACAGUCCUACAGAUGAACAAGGGUGAAUUAGGUAUAGUACCAGCCUUGUCAAGACAUGCACCAAACUCUAUAACUAUCCCUCCUGGGUUAAAUCGUCCCCUAUCUCGCCCCGAGUCACCAAAUAAUCGUAUGCACGUCCCGUACCAGUCUAUGGAAUCAAAUAGCGACCCCAACGCGUCCCGUGCAACAACAUCAAUGCCUGCGUUAUCAUCUACACAGUCACGGUCGGAUCGUCCACAUAUUUGUCGGGUCCAAUUUCGGGCUGCACAAACUCUCCUCCGCUUAAAACAUGCAAAGACUGAGGAAGGUGCUCGGGCGGUAAUGCCUUGCCUGGAAAGCGCAGCCAAUAUUAACGUAGCUGUGAAUGACAAUUUCAAACCAUCUCUUUCCUCUUCUUCAGGUAACAACGUCUCCCAAACUCUCGGCUUUGUUCCUAUUGGCAAGAAAACAAGCUUGUUUCGUCGGCAAGUAGGUCGACGGAGUAGACAAGAAUACGCCGCAGGCUUGGAAUUUGAAGCCUCGAUAGUCACCAUGAGUCCACGCAAUGACCAAGUAGACUUACCAAAGCCGAGAGCCAGAAACAGGAGCGAUGCCAGGUCAUCAGUAGAUAAGCUUAUGGACGAAGUUAACGAUACAGUGGGAGGUGAGCCAGCUGACGAUGCUACGAAGGAGGAAUGGGAUCGCUACUUGAGCACUUACAUAAAUGAACUGGAUCGGAGAGCGGGGUCGAGCUCAUGGCCUCAACUUGAAAAGGCUGAACGGUUUGUCAAGAGAAUGGAACAAGCACCUUUUAGAAGGAUGGACUAUAGCAGUGACGAAGACGACGCGCCCAAAGCUGGCGGAUCGACAGCACUAGGCCAACAGAAAGUUCAGACUGGAAAAAGCCAUCAUAGGGCCACGGCUACGAAUGGCAAGCCUCGGGAAAGACGUCGCGAGACAACAGAGUCGAGAAAGAACGAGGUGCAGGCAGCUUCCGCGGGAAAGCAAGCAGCAAAGGAUCUUCAUGAGUUGGAAGGCGCAGAACAGUCAAGCAGCGGCAAUGGAGUGAAGGCUUCCACACCAAACAUUAUUCCACCAGGCCCGAGCCCGAUGACGGAUCAGGAUAGUCCGCAACAUAAAAAAAGAUGCCGGAGAGCAGUAGAAUCCCUAAUGUCGGAAUUGGGCAAGAACUGGCAACCUCAUGCUGACGAACAAGGACGUAGGCCAGUCAGGGGGAGAGCUAACAAGAAUUGAUUAGUUACCUCUUAGAUAUGUUCACGAAGUACAUUUAUAUUAUCUAGCAGAGCUCUAGGGUACGGGGACCUAUCAUGACGGGGAAAGGUGUAUUCUGUGCAUAGCGAAGGUUAUCUUA